AUGCCGAGGAGAAAACCACGAACCGAGGCGAGCAUUCAACGAGGGCCAUUGCCGAGAGCACCGAGGCCGCGCACGAACAGCCGGGAUCCAACAUACGCCAUCGCCUUCCAGGAGCGGAUCCGCAUCCCCGACGAGAAGAUGAAGUACUAUGAGGACCUCGCCGAGAUGUACGUCGGCGACGACGUCUCAUCGGAUAUCUACGGUUGGGUCUUCCCCAAGUGCGACCACAUGACCGUCAGCACCGGCACCGUCAUCCACAAGGGCGACAUAAAAAAACUCCAGGUCGCGACUUGGCUCCACACUCGGGACAAGAUCGACGGCGACCGAAUCAUCCGAGUCGAGGCCCACCCCAUCCCGGAGCACCCUCGACCCAGACGGGUCCUCGAUAGGGUGGCCCUCGUUGGGGACGCCGCCGGGUACGUCACCAAGUGCUCCAGCGAGGGGAUAUACUUUGCCACCAAAAGCGGGCGGAUGUGUGCAGAGGCCAUUGUAGCCGGGUCGGAAAACGGGAAGAUGAUGGUAGACGAGGGGGAUCUGAGGGUUGUUAGAAAAUAG